UCAUUUUUAGUUGAAUCUAACUAAUUGAGACAUUGAUUAUAUAAUUUGAUUAAUUAUAUGCGAUAACUAUUCAUUCAUUUUAUAAUAUUAGUUUAUACCUAAUAAAGUUGGUAUAUUAUUUAUCUACUUGUAUUAAUAAAUAAUACAUUUUUAAAGAUGCCUGCUUCAGCAUCGAUGAAUUCUCACAAUGUGCGUAAAAGCAUUUUUCCUUCUAUGUAUGUACGUAAACAAGCUUUGAGGAAUAUAUUGAUAGAGACUCAAAUCCUUGAUGAACACAAUCAUUCCGAUGCCCUUAAUAGAUUGGAAGAUGUUUUUAAAGAAGCUGAUAAGAUUCACGAUGACAUUUCACUCAAGGAAAAAGCUAUCAAUCAAGAUGAAGUCGUUUUGGAUUCAGAGGUAAUGACUUUAUCUUCAAAGGUCAUUAAAACCUGUGGUAAAAAGUUGACAAAAGAGCUAGGAGAUUUUAGUGCUGAAGAUUUUGCAGAGAAAUUAUUGCGCUAUGUUCAAAAUUUACCUGAUGUCACAUUAACAGAGCCAAAUUGGGAGAUAUUAGAACGAGAACUGCCUCCAUUUAAAAAUACUGCAAAUUUUAUGAGCUUACUUUGCAACCUUAAUCGGACAAAUCAAAAAAGCCAAAAACAACUAAAGAUCGAACAAAUUGCUGCUCAAAGAGCCCAAGCUUCUCAAAGAAGUCAAAGAACAAGAUUAGAUCUUAAUGUAGCAAAGAAAAAGCCUGAAAAUGUUGUGCAAUUAGAUAAAGAUGAAAAAGGUGUGGAGGAAACUGUCCUUAAAAUUGAUUAUUUGAUUAAAAAUACUUACAAAACUACCCGAGAACCGAUCAAUUAUUACAAAUUAAUUUUGGAUCCUGAUUUUGGAAAAACAAUUGAAAAUAUGCUUCAUGUUUCUUUCUUGUGUCGUGAUGGACAUAUAGAAAUCCUUACUGAUAAUGAUUUAAAUUUAGUGGUCAUUCCGGCCUCGAAAGAGAAGAGAAAAAAUGCUCAAAGUCGACAAGUUACACAUAAAUAUCAACAUAUCAGUUAUUUAGACAUGAAGACAUGGCAGUUUCUGAAGGAUGCUUUUCGGCUAACCGAACCAAUGAUAAAUUUUUAAAAGUCUUCAAUUUUACGUUCAUUAAAUAAACAAAGUAUUAAAAUAUAUAAUGAAGAGCAUUUACUAUUUUUAUAAUAUAUACGUAAUUAAUUAUGAUGGUAUUCGU